CCCUUUGGAGACAAACCAUUCGACUCGUGGCGUCUGCAUCAAGUCUGAAAGCAGACCCGCAACUUUCGCAGAAUCCACCUUAAAAUCUCUGCUUUAAACUGCACCAGCCCCCAAAAAUCCAAGGGGGGAAAAGCAAGGGGGGGAGAAGAGAGCAGAUUCCCCCUCCCCCCUCUCCUCUCCCAUCCCUCCCCCUUCCUCCUCCCUUUGGGUUAACAAGGCCCUGCUCACUAUAUCUCUUUAUAUUAAAUAUAUAUAUAUACAUAUAUAUAUGUAUAUAUAUAUAUAUAUUAGAGAAGAGUGAGGAAGAGAACCACCUCUGCCCCUUCCUUUAAUUUUUUUUUUUUAAUUUUUUGGAAGGAUCCCGGGAGCUAAGGUGGCUGCAAAGGGGAGAGCGGUGCGAGCCAAGUGGGGGAGGGUGAAGGAAACCCGGGAGAAGGCUUUCUCCAGCCCCCAAAGUUUUGAUGAUGACCAUGACUACGAUGGCUGACGGCUUGGAAGGCCAGGACUCGUCCAAAUCCGCCUUCAUGGAGUUCGGGCAGCAGCAACAGCAGCAGCAGCAGCAGCAACAGCAGCAACAACAGCAGCAGCAGCAGCAGCAACAGCAGCCGCCGCCGCCGCCACCGCCGCCGCCGCCGCAGCCGCACUCGCAGCAGACCUCCCCGGCCAUGGCAGGCGCGCAUUACCCUCUGCACUGCUUGCACUCGGCCGCGGCGGCGGCGGCGGCGGCCGGCUCCCACCAUCACCACCACCAGCACCACCACCACGGCUCGCCCUACGCGUCGGGCGGAGGCAACUCCUACAACCACCGAUCGCUCGCCGCCUACCCCUACAUGAGCCACUCGCAGCACAGCCCUUACCUCCAGUCCUACCACAACAGCAGCGCGGCCGCCCAGACGCGCGGGGACGACACAGAUCAACAAAAAACGACAGUGAUCGAAAACGGGGAAAUCAGGUUCAACGGAAAGGGGAAAAAGAUUCGGAAGCCUCGGACCAUUUAUUCCAGCCUGCAGCUCCAGGCUUUAAACCAUCGCUUUCAGCAGACUCAAUACCUGGCCCUUCCCGAGAGAGCCGAACUGGCUGCUUCCUUAGGACUGACACAAACACAGGUGAAGAUAUGGUUUCAGAAUAAACGCUCUAAGUUUAAGAAAUUGCUGAAGCAGGGUAGUAACCCACAUGAGAGUGACCCCCUCCCGGGUUCAGCAGCCCUGUCACCACGCUCACCAGCCCUGCCUCCAGUGUGGGACGUUUCUGCCUCUGCCAAGGGCGUCAGUAUGCCUCCCAACAGCUACAUGCCUGGAUAUUCACACUGGUAUUCCUCACCACACCAGGACACCAUGCAGAGACCACAGAUGAUGUGACUUGUCUGAGUGAGCAGCCUACGGAGCUUCUGAAGGAGAUAUUCUCCACCGGCACAAGAAUCUGCACAAACAUGGCAGCAUUUUUACUUGUUUAAUGAGUUUAAGACAUUAUGUGAUAAAUGACAAGGAUUUUGGACUCCUGAAUUUUUAUUUACCAAUCUGAGACUGAGAGGAGAAAGAGGAGGAGGAGGAGGAGGAAGAGGAGAAGGAGGAGAAGGAGAAGAAGAAGAAGAAGAAGAAGAA